UUGCCCACUCUCCUUCUCUACUCUGAAGUUGGAGGCGAAAAGACGUUGGUCCUCUCAAAGCUCGCUCCCCCUCCUCUCUCUCUCUCUCUGUCACUGAACCAACCCCUACUCUCACCGUCUUCCCCUUCUAUAUCUCACUCCCAUUUUUGUCAUUUGCUGACGCAUUCUCUCUCUUUCGGUCUCUCCUUCUUCCUUCUCGCAUUGUACCCACAUCCCGGAUUCCAGCCCGUGCCACUCGUUUCCUCUCUCUCUCUCUCUGGGGGGUGGUAAUGGCGAUGACGAACGACGGGGGAGAGAAUGAGGCGAUGGAAGCAGCCGCGGAGCCGCCGGAGAGUCAAAGCCCGGGAGCGUACGACGACUUCGAUAGCACAUGCUCCACGCCCUACGUGAGCGCCCCUUCCAGCCCCGGCCGCCCCACUUCCGCUAACGGCUACUUCUACAGCGCCCCCGCCAGCCCCAUGCACUUCUUCGCCGUCCCUUCCGGCGCCUCCUCGGCGUCCAUCCCCCUCGAGUCCGACCACUUCCCCGGCAGGUUCUCCGGCUCGCUUUCCGCCUCUGCGACCGACUUCGAGUUCUCCGCGCGGUUCCCAGCGGCCGGACCGGACUCCGGCUCCAGCUCGCCGGCGACCAUGAUAUCGGCCGACGAGCUCUUCCUUAAUGGUCAGAUCCGGCCGAUGCGUCCUUCUUCCUCCCAUCUGCAGAAGCCCCCGAGGCUCGAGCCGUUGCUGGACGACGCCCCGGGGACCGACGUUUCGGAGGGCGUGGAUUCUCUGCGGGGCAGGGAUUUCCGGUCCAAGAACCGGUCGAUCCACCGGCGGACGCGAUCGCUCUCGCCGCUCCGGAGUUCCGAGCCUGUUUGGGCAGGGUUUCCGCCGGAAGACGAGGAGGAGGACGAAGAGCAGCAGCAGAAGCCAGUAGAUCCGCCGCCAGUGGUAACCGCCGCGAGACGCUCAAGGCGGUGGAUGAGUCUCAAGGAUUUCCUCUACCGGAGCAAGAGCGAAGGGAGAGGCUAUGUGAAGGAGAAGCUCUCGUGGUCUGCCCUCACCUUCUCUUCCCCCUCCAGCAAGGAGAAGGACAAGGACAAGGACAAGGACAAAGAGAAGGAGAAAGAUAAGGACAAGAAGUCUGCUGCCUUGUCGUCGCAGGCUGGGGCGGAGAAGAAGAAGAGGGCUUCCGGCGGAAACGGCGCUGGGAAAAGGAGGGUGCCGGCACCGUCUGCACACGAGCUUCACUACGCGGCGAAGCGGGCGCAGGCGGAGGAGAUGAGAAAGAAGACGUAUCUCCCUUACCGGCAAGGCCUUCUGGGCUGUCUGGGGUUUAGCUCCAGAAGCUACUCAGUUGUGAACGGCUUCGCGAAGGCUCUCCACCAUCAUCAUCAUCACCAUCACCACAACCAGCCUGUUCCGUCCAGCUAAGCGGCGAGAGUGGCUUUGCCCUCCGGCUGAAUCCAUCGUGCGUUUGGGGAUUGCUAGAAUCUGUGUACAGUCGCUUCUUCCUCAUUUUUUUUCCUGCUUUUCCUGGGCCUUUUCUGUCUUCCCUUUUUCCUUUUUUUUUUUCUUCUUCAGAGCUACUGGAGAUCAUUGAUGCUUACCAUACUGGCCGCUUUUGGUUGUAAUCAUGUGAAAUUCACAAGGAGUUUCCACCCUUUUUCUCUUUUUUUUCUCUCUCUCUCUCUCUUUCUGGUGCUAACGGGGUGGCCUCAAUAUGGAGAUUCAGUGCAGAUCGAUUUACCAUCUCUGUUUUGA